AUGGAGGACCAGCAACUUGUGAGCCUGGUGCCUGAUGCAUUCAACAUCUUGGAUUUGCCUGCAGAGCUCAUGAUCAGGGUCUUUCGCUACCUUGAUUAUGCCGAUCUGCUUUCUUUAUCAAGAACCAAUUCGCGACUGAGAAACGUGAUAUGCGAUCACUAUUUCAAUUAUAUUCUCUCAUUGAGAAACAUGACCGUCAAAUAUAAGCUGAACAGAUGGUUGCAGCUCUUGCGCCCCACGAGAGCUGAAGUGUUCAGGAUGCGCAUGCUGAACUAUCGCUCAUUUUUUUAUGUGUUUGAGUCUGGGAUUUCUGAGAAUUCGUUCCAGCACCAAUUUGAGGUUAUCAGGUUGUUCAACGCGAUGUUGACCAGGGACAGGCUUCGGAAGUUGCUUGCGCAAAGGCCCACCCGGUCUGAGCUGAUAGUGCGUGGGAUCCUGAAGCCGGAGCAGUCAGACGGUUCGCAGGCUGUCAAUUACGCAAACGGCCACAAUAGUCAAUUUCCUCUGAAGACCAAGAUUGACAGGCUGGAGCAGGAGAAUCUUUCGGAGAUACUCCGCUUAUUCAUUAGGGGCUACGAGAGGAAUCGAAAGCGGAAGAAUAAGAACUUUGUGGAGUUCAUGCGCACUGUGAACUUUUUUGAAAGUUUAGUCAGGUCUUCAGAAGGGAAGCCUUUUGAUAAGUGCGUGAAGAAAAAAGUGCUAUUGAAUGUCCAGAUUGAAGGGGGAAGGGUCAGGUAUGUUUAG